AUGUCAGUCCAACAACAUUUCAAAGCUCAAGACAUAGACCUUAUACUCGUCACCAUGCCCAAAUCAGGCACCACCUUGUUGAAGGCCUUGGCCUUCACCAUCGCCAGCCACCAUGACUACCCUAGCAAGCUUUCUCGACACCCCUUUCUCACUUCCAACCCUCACAAGCUCGUCCCUUUUCUCAAGCUCAAUUCCAAUAAAGAAGGUUGUCAUAUUCGUUACCUUCCCAUUGUCUCCAACUUUCAAUCCCCUAUGCCUAAUAUUUUUUCCACCCAUAUCCCCUAUCAUUCAUUGCCCGACUCAAUUAAGAACUCUGGUUGUCGUGUUGUCUAUCUCUGUCGCAAUCCCUAUGAUGCCUUCACCUCCACUUGGCACUUUGUGAAUAAGGCUAGAGCCGAGAGCCGAGGGCCUUUAUCAUGUGAUGAUGCUUUCGACAUGUUUUGUAGAGGUGUCAUCGGUUUUGGGCCCUUCUGGGAUCAUGCAUUGGGGUACUGGAAGGAGAGCUUGGAAAGGCCUCACGAGGUGUUGUUUUUGAUGUACAAGGACCUAAAAAAAGAUAUUACCCUUCAAAUAAAAAGGGUAGCCGAGUUUAUGCGUGUUCCAUUCUCUUUGGAAGAAGAAAGAAAAGGUGUGAUAAAAGAGAUAACCAAGUUGUGUAGCUUUAAUAAUUUGAUAGUGUUGGAGGUGAACAAAUCUGGUUCACUUCUACAAUUUAAGAAUAAGACGUUUUUUAGGAGAGGUGAAGUAGGUGAUUGGGUCAAUCAUUUGACACCUGAGAUGGUCCAACAUUUAAAAAAGAUCAUGGAAGAAAAGUUGGAUAAUUCUGGGUUAUCAUUUAAAACUAGUUUGUGA